UCUCAAAUUCUCUGUCCCUCAAUCUCCGUUUCUCCUUCAUUCUCUCUUAAACAAUGGCGGCCAAGGAUGAGCAUAUGAUCCUUCGCCACGAUAAGGCGAGGUAUCGCGACAUCGCCGGCCAUCUAGUGCUACACCGGCGGCUGAGGGGGAGCAAGUACGAGGAGCACAAGUCUGGCGUAAGCGCUUCGCUAGACGAAGCCAGGAUCGAUUGGGUAACCGCGCUCACUCUGCUCAUUCAGAAGCUGCUUUCAGUUAUUAGCUUCCCGCUUCUGUGUCUCGGCCACAUUGUCGAGUUUUUCCUCAACCUACACUCCCUCAACGGUGGCUUCUUCGGCAUCUUUUGGGGUUGCCUCACAGUGUCUCUGGUGAUUCCAAGACGAAAAUCGGCCGAUUUUAGAUCCAUCAUCUGUCACAUAGAUGGUCGAUAUGAGCUAUUCAGGAGCAUUUUUAUUACAGAUUUUUCUUCAAUAGAACCACUUCCAGGCCUGGACGUCAAUCCCUUCAGUCUCUCUAUGAUGGCUUCGAAGCUCGCCUACGAGAACGGUGCUUUCAUAAAAAACCAAGUUAAUAAAUACUGGAAGAUGCACUUUGUCAGAUUCUUCAAUUGUUGGAACAAAUACUUGAAGAACAGAGGAACCCAAGCCUUCAUCUGCUGCGACAAAGAGGAGGACGCCAAUGUCAUUGUAUUGGCCUUCCGCGGGACUGAGCCCUUCAACGCUUACGACUGGAUUACGGACGUCGAUCUCUCCUGGCUUUCCAUGGGAAAAUUUGGCAAAGCUCAUCUUGGUUUCAUGAGAGCACUCGGGCUCCAAGACGAGAAAGAUGUUGAGAUAGGCUUCCCCCGUGAGCACGAGGGGCAUAACGAAGGCAAAUUGCUGGCUUACUACGCCAUUCGGGAGGAACUGAAUCAAUUGCUGGAGAAGCACAAACGAGCCAAGAUCAUCAUAACUGGUCACAGCCUCGGGGGAGCUCUAGCGAUUCUGUUUCCAGCACUGCUAGCCAUGCACGAGCGGCAGGACAUCAUAGACAGAAUCCAUGGCGUGAUGACUUAUGGCCAGCCGAGGGUUGGAGAUGCGGUGUUUGGAAACAACGUGCAAGCUGUUUUGAAAUCCAAGUAUCAUAGGAUGGUUUACAGGUACGAUAUAGUCCCUCGGGUUCCAUUUGACAAGCCCCCCGUUGCUCUGUUCAAGCACUUUGGAACCUGCAUUUACUUCACAAGUUGGUAUGAGGGCAAGGUGGUGGAGGAAUCGCCGAACCCGAACUAUUUUCAUCCAUUUUUCGUGUUCUCCAUGUACUUGAACGCAGUGGGGGACUUAACGAAAGCUUUCUUGUUGGCCUAUCUUCAAAACGAUUUUGAUGAGGGCUUUGUGUCCCUCAUGUAUCGUGCUUCGGGACUCUUCAUACCUGGCCUGGCGUCUCACAGUCCAAGAGAUUAUGUCAAUGGAGGGACUAUGGCGAAAAUAAUAUCUCAUAAGAUCAUCAACAAAGAGGAAUGAAGGUUGUUAAUGUCAGGCAAAAUAUCAUCUUAUUUCAUGACGCAAUUCAUAGAAUUAUUGUCUGAUAUGAUGGCAAUGCAGUCAUCAAUCCCUACUUAUCUUAAUCAGUAAAUGCAGCUUUUAUCAAGAGUUCAUGUCCUGUUUUUAUUUAAGAUGUAAUAAAGCGUAGUAUGAUAAUUUUCUAUGGUUA